GUUUUAAAUUUUUUUAAAACAUUUUGGUUGAGGAACUAUAAGACAAAAUUGGUAAUUUCAUUAAUUUUCAUAUUAUUAAACAUAGAAAGCAGCCACAAAUCAGUGGAAAGUCAUCAACAAAGAUAGUCAAACAAUUAAAAUUUGGAGUAAACUUUACAACUCGCAUAAUUUUCACAAAUUUUAAAAGAUUUGUUUACAUUUUAAAUUUCGUUCACUUUUUGAGUAUUACCAUACAGACGAUCCUUAAUUCAACUAUAGAAAUGAAAACACUUCUUUGAUGCUUUAAAUAAUUUAUUUUUCUUCACAAAGUGGCUUAUUAAUAAGCAUUUUAAAUCAAAAAGGUGUGUGAUUACAACCGAAUAUCUAUAAAUUAAUCAUUCUUAACUUAAAAAACUUAGUCUUCCAUUUCACGACAAUCAUUGUUGCCUCACUCAGUAUUAUAUUUAUCGUGCUUAUGAAAAUGAUAUAAUAAAAGGUUCCCAAAUCUUUGAAUUACACAAAAAAUGACAGAACAGCUACAAACUCUUUUGUGACUUAAGUUUUAAAUUAUAGACUUCAAGAUUGAAGGUUUUCAUUAAACUGUUUAAUGAUCAGUUAUUGAAUGUUAAUCUGUAUAAAUUGCUUAAUUCGAUCACUUGUUGCCACAAAUAUAUCUUAGGCACUUGAAUUUUAACAUCCAGGAUAAGAAGAAAAAUCCAGUAAUAAGAAAGUGAAAAUUCAUAUUCAGUCAGAAUUCUCUGCUCCAGUCCUAUCUAUUUGUGUCAUUCAAAGGUUUUCAAGAAUAAUAACUUAUUAAAAAGACAUUAACAAUCUAAAAGUCUAAAAAGGUAAUAUUUAAAUACUACAUGUUUAUAAAAAGGGAUUGCUGAUAUUCCAGUCAAAUUUAAGAGAAUAGAUGUCCACAAUUUCAUCGACUCGUUCCUUAAUAGUUCUUAGUUUAAAUUCAAAGUUUACACAGUCAAUUGUGGACAUUUAUUUGCAUUAUUUUCGCAUGUCUUAUGUUCGUUAAUGAUUAUGCUGAUGAGUUAUUGCGAUAGGAAUUGUAAUUAACAUUCUUAAUCCAAAAUUACAGAAGAUACAAUUAAAAAAAUAUUAAAGCAUGACAACAGCAAAGGUUGUAAGGAGGAACAAUAAACUAGAACUAAGCGCUAAGUAAACACGGCUUUGGAAUGACCCUUGGAUUUCCAACACUCCUAAUAUCUUCACUCAAAAAUCACGACGAUGACCUUGAAAAUGACGGAUUAUCGUUAACCAAAGAACAAAUAUCAUGGAUCAGUUCAUUGAACUUAAUUUGUGUACCACUCGGAUGCAUUUUUUCCGGAAGUUUUGCAACCUUGAUCGGACGACGUCGUUCAAUGCAACUUGUGAAUGUUCCAAUAUUUAUAUCAUGGAUUAUCUUUUUCUACUCACAACAUGUUUAUCAAUUGUAUAUUGCUUUGGCUAUAAGUGGAUUUACUGGUGGUAUGCUUGAAGCACCAGUCCUGACUUACGUCGCAGAAAUUACAGUUCCAAAAAUUCGCGGUCUCCUUGCUGCAACUGGAAGUACAUGCAUAAUUUUGGGCAUCUUCUCUCAGUUCAUCAUGAUAACAUUCCUAAAUUGGAGAAUAAUCACAUUAGUCUCAUCAGCUGUGCCUAUAAUUGCUAUAAUCUUGUUAUUCUUUGUCCCAGAAUCACCACACUGGCUGAUCAUGAAGAAACGAGAUGAGGAUGCAAAGGAAUCAAUGAUGUGGCUUAGAGGAUGGGAAACAUCAUUCGAUAAUGUUAGGAAGGAAUAUGAAGAACUGCAAGAGAACUUAGCUUUAGCUAGGAAUGAAAAGCCAUCAUUUAAGAACAACGUGCAAGAAUUUGGGAGACGAACCUUCAUCCUGCCUUACGCAAUUUGCUCAUUAAGUUUCUUUGUUGGACAUUUUAGUGGAAUGACAACACUUCAGACAUAUUCAGUCAUGAUAUUUACGGACUUAAAUGCACCGAUGGACAAACGUCUUGCAACUUCAUUCCUUGGUGCUUUAGAACUUCUAGGAACUUUAAUUUGUGUAAUUUUCGUUAAUUUCGUUGGAAAACGAAAACUUGCGUUCGUGUCUACAAUUGGAUGUGGAAUCUGCUUCUUACUUACAGCAAUUUAUUCGAUCGUGAUAAACAAUAUGGAAGUUCCUGCAAGCAACUUUAAUUUGACAAAUUUAGAAUUAGAAAAUUCUACAGGCGUGCACGAAAGCUUAUUAGAAUCGGAAGUUCUAAUUCAUAAUGAGACUAUGUUCGGAUUGGAGCUGAAUUCUACAAUUAUUGCUUAUAAUCAGUAUUAUUGGAUGCCUUUAACAUUUUUAUUGCUUAGUGCUUUACUGUCGCAUACUGGUAUUAGGUUGUUGCCAUGGAUGCUAGUUGGAGAAAUAUUUCCAGCAAAAAUACGAGGUGUGGCAUCAGGCUUAUCAGGUGGUACAGGAUAUAUCUUUGGAUUUCUGGCAAAUAAAUUGUUCCUGUCGAUGAUCACAUUGUUCUCGUUGUCAGGAACAUUUAUUAUUUAUUCGUGUGUGAGCUUCAUUGGAUGUACAAUAUUGUUCUUCUUCUUGCCAGAGACUGAGAACAGAACUUUACAAGAAAUUGAAAAUCAUUUUGCUGGAAAGACGAAACUUCCAAGACGACUAAUCAAAAAAUCCUCAAUAGUUCCAGACACCUUCCCAAAAGACUUUAACGUGAAGAACUGGGAAAGCAAUGACAAAUUUGUAAAGUACUUAGAGCAUGUAAAGAACCAAAGAGUAGUUAAGACAAAUGCUGAAAUUAUAAAAUGCAAUGAAUGUGAUUUUGACACAAGACUUUGAUGUAUUUCAAUUCAUACAAUUACUUCCUUGAGUUAAAGGAAGGUACGGUAGUUUAUUAAGGCAUUAUCAUAGAUUUAUUAAAAAAAUAUAUGAAAAUAAAUUAAAUGUAAAUUCUUAAAAUUCUAAUUAAAAUGAGAUUCAAAACGCACAAAAUCAUAUUUUUCAGUAGAAAUUAAUUAAUUAAUUAAGGCAGGCUCAUAGUCAUUUAACAUCUAUCGCGACUACAAUCUAUUGCAUUAUUACUUAUCUCUGUUGUAUUGGUGGGUGGUCCAUCAAAAUAUAAAUAUUGUAGUGGAUGCAAUUGUGAUUCAUUUAUUGUUAAAUCUCGUGCAAAUCCACCGGGUCUUGGUGGAUUUUGGUAUAUGUCGUGCUUUUUAUUUGGAUAUUUUGUUGCCACAUAAGUGUUGGAACUGUAUGAUCCUUGGGGUUGCUGUUGUUGAUGAGAUUGUUGAGUUUGUAUAGGUGUGUAGCUGACUGAGCAGCUUCGCCAUUGUUCUUUCUCUACUCCGACGUAGCACCUGUUUUUGAGGGAUUUUAUGAUUGUUUCUUAAGUAUUCUAGGAAUUAAUUUUAAUGGUAUGAUUUGUUGUUAGUCAUGAAAGCGCGAUUUUCCUUUAAAAUAUUUUUUAUAAUCAAGGAAAAUCUGCAAAAAUUUUAAAAAAGCAAAGCAAAGCUCACAAAAAAAAAGCUGGCAAAGCUUCAGUCAAAAUAAGUUCAGUUAGUAAAGAAAAUUUGCUUAUUAGCAUAUUAAAAUGUAGAAAUUGAUACCUGGAUAUUAAAUUGAUUAGCUUUUGUUGGAGUUUCUUAAGUUAAUAGAUAUCAGGCUCGAUUUGAGCCUUAAGAAGCUUGAAAAUUGAAUUUCAGUGGAAAUUCUUUCGCAAGUAAAGCUGCAACAGCGAUAAUGCAAAACAAACUGAACUGAACAUAGUUUAAGUUGUGAUUCUGUCAAUCUCAUUAUCAACUUUCAAUAGCUCAAUGGCAAGAGUAUGCGACUUGAAGUCGUAAGAUCGUGGGUUCGAAUCCCUCUCGUGAUAAGGUGUUUUUCUAUAUCAGAUUGUAAUUUUUUUCUCACUUAAAAGAUUAAAAAUCUACCGUAGCUUUAUUCCUAAUUCCCACAAAUUUCAAAGUCAAGCUUUUUGGGGCUAUCAAUUUUAAUUUGCGUAUCUAAAACUAGGGUUGAUUCCAUGGGUUGCAACUAGUCACAGUUAAAGUUAUCUAUUAUCUCAGAUUAUUUAUCGACUUAUGCCAGCUUCAGGCGUCUUCUAAGAGAGGCCUUGGAUCACAAUUAAUCUGUACGGUCAGAAAAGGAAGUAUUAAUCGAUUCUCGAUUCGAAGAAAUGCUCCCUUAGCAGCCUCAGCUACCAAAUCUCAAUAUCCAGACAACAAAUCUUCAAAUCAAAAACAUAAAAAUUAUAAGCACAUGAAAAGCACAAAAAAUUACCAAGGAUAUUCAAAAUCUCUACUAAAGCCACAUGGAUGAUCUUCGCGACAGCAAAAAUCCCAGCUUCCAAUUUCUCCACCUUCAAUUUCACACGAAUAAAAUCCAGCAACGUGAUUCUUUUCACAUUUUGUUCCCAUUCGACAUGGCUUGCCGCUUACAGAAUAAUGUCUCCAUGUACUUAUACCACCUUGUUAUAUCAAUCAAGGGUUGGAUUUUUUGGAAAUUUUUUUAUGGAGUUUAUUUUGUGUGUUAUAUAAGAAUCAGUUAUUUUAUAUAUGUUUGGAAGUAGAACAUCAUCAUAAAUGUAAAGUAAUUGAAAAUAUAAUAAGUAAGUAAGAUUAAAUAGUAGAAAUGCAUGUAAUGAGAGGUUUUGAGGUAUGAUUUAUAGAUAUUUUAUGGAAGGGCAUGUGAUAUGGAAAAUAAAAUAAUAAAUAUUGCAUACUUAAUAGUAACUAAUGAUGAAUUUUUUCACUUUGUGCAGGCAUCCGAAAUAAAUAAUAAAUAAUGCAUCUUAUGCUACAAGGAUUAGUAUCAGAAGAUUUAAUUUUGACAAAAAAAAAAAAAUAAAUAAAUUAAGGAACUGCGAAAAAGUUUAUGAAUUUUUUUUUAAUUAUUUUUGUGCAGUGGAGGAUGACGAUGAUCCUGUUAAUUGAGUUUGUGAAUGAUUGGAAACGUGUUGUGAAAUUGGUGAUGAUGAUGUCACUUGUGAUGAAAUCACGGAUGUUCUAUUAAAUAGUUUACCGGGUUCACGGAAUAUGUCCAUACGACGAUCGCUAUUGACUCGACUUCCACUAAUCGAUGUGAUUUUAUCACGACACGUGUAAUCCCAUGGAUCCCAUGCAAACAGCCAGAAAUCUCGAUUGGGUGUGUGCGUAUAAUGAACAUCCAAUUUCAAUUGACUUUGAUCUAAAUCUGACAUUUCGCAAUUGAAUGUGCUGACUUGUGAA